AUGCGGUGUUUCCGUCGCCACAGACGCGAGUGCGGUAGAGAAGAACAAUUCCAGUUCCAGUGCCCUUAUUGCUCUCGAACAAGUAACAGAAAGGGAAAUCUUAAAAUGCACAUAACCACCGUACACUGGAAGAAAGUCGUGAAACAAGAAGAUACAACUAAAUUUGGAAAAAGGUAUUCUUGUCAUUGUGGAAGGAGCUACAAAAAUCCGGAGAGUUUGUGUAGGCACAGGCGUGAAUGCGGUAGAGAUAAACCAUACCAAUGUCCUCACUGUCAUCACAGGAGUCACAGAUCAGACAAUCUGAAAAGACACAUAGCUUUACAUUUCAUAGGAAGGAACUCGUGA